GACUGUGAUACAGAACAUGGCGUUUUGACGAAUACCUACUGAAAGACAUUUGUUUGUUUAAAAAUAAUGAUAUUAAUUAGUGUUUGUAAUAACAACUUUUCAUCUUUACUGUCUAAUAAUUUAACCAUUAACCAACUAGUUUUAUCUCGACAGUAGUUUAAAUGGCUAUUAUAUUAUGUGAACUCAAAAUGAGCUAGAGAAUAUUACACGGGGUUGGGGCACAAAUUUUACAAUGCUAGACUUGUCAUGUUUUUCAUAACAUAGUUAUUCUGGUUUUUAGAUAGUUGUUAUAUCAGUUUUCAAAAUGUUCAAACAACAAUUGUCACCUAGAAGCAUUCACCCUUAUCAAACUACAGUAGUACCUAGAAGCGAGCAACAAUUUUCGUCAGCAUCGCAACAAAGGGUGAAAUAUCCGUGGGCAGAAGAUAUUAAUACACCUAUAUACCAGGUUGCUGGAACCGACAGCUCAACUUCAGAUAAUGCUUAUCAUCUACCCCAUUAUUAUAAUGAAAGUCUAAGAGAAUAUGGUCCAGCAUCUCCUGUUUACCAAACGCCCUAUGGUACUGGUACUGGUACAUGGCACAACUAUAGAAAAGGGGAGAAAGUAUCUGUCGAUUGUACAACAACAAACACUUACGCAUUUCCCCCAUGUGCCUCAUCAUUUUCACUUCCAUUGUGUGAUGUGGAUCCUCGUACUCAAGUUGUGAAUCGUUCACCUGUCCCAACGGUAAUAUCUGUAAGCACUGAAGUGCCCAUUGUUGGGGCCUGUGGUGGGCAUUGUCCAGGAUUUGAAUAUGUGUGCUACUAUAUUUUACAAGUUAUAUUUGUUGUAGGUAUUUUAACUGGAAUCUCUUUAUGCAUUGCUGGUAUUGUACUAAGGCGUACAAACCGUAAUGGUGAUCUUGGAGUAUUAGUUUAUAUUGGUUGCCUUGCUUCAUGUGUGUGUAGCGUGUUGCUUGGUGUACAGUGCUGCGUGCGUCGCGAAAUCAGGCAGCGAAAACUGCGAGCUAAUAUGCAUAUACCAAUGCAAUCUAUGCAGGAAGCACCGGCCACAGCUUGCCCAUUAAUUACGUCAUCAACGUUACCUCAUAGUCGUGUGUACAGGCCUACCGUAAAUGUAUGCCAUGAAGACGAUGUGACGGGAGUUCCUUGGUGGCGUCGCACUACUACCAGAGACUGAUUAGCUAUAAGUAUAUAUGUAUUUACAAGAAUAUUAUGAAACGAUUUUAUUUUUUGUGAGAUCAUUUUAAAUAUUGUGAUCCUGUAAUAAAUAAACACUGCAAAUUAUUUUUUUCUUCAAUUGGGCAAUUUUGUUUUUCCUGGACUGAAUAAAAAAAUAAUCCUAUUUCGAGGCCUUGGUAAUUUUAGUUAAAUUUUUGUUGAGCCAUUGUAGCCAUUCAUUACAGCCUAUUAAAAGUUGUAGUAACCUGAUUUCGCUGCCGACAUCACUAGCGGGACCGGGGAAAAAUCUCUCAGCCUAGUUUUUAGGUAUCUGUAUUGUUCUCACAUUUAUCUAAUAAAAUUUGGAUGAUAACUAAUCUAAUACCUAAUCAUCAUCAUCAUUAAAGCCCUUUAUAAACCUACUACCACAGAAUAAAUAAUAGUACUAACGUACAGAAGUUGCACUCUUUUGAUGUUGACUGCUUGCCGACGUUUUAAUAGCCUACAUAGUUAUUAUUAAUCAGAUAAAUCGCGCAUGCAAGCUAAAUAAAACUUUAUCGCUGCGCGCGAGUGUCCGUAUUACUUUGCAUCUUUUCUCCUUAUUACGUCACAACGGGCUUUCCGUGGUUGCUAAGGGCUGUUAAUAAAGAGUAAAAAAAUACAUUAUGAAAUGGUAAAUUACUUAGGUAAAGUACCUAUGCUGACUAUAAUCGACCAUAUUAUCUACUAUGUGAGUUCUGUGAUUUAUUUAUUUAUUUAUUUCAUUUCAUCUUACAAGCUAACAGAUGACACAUCCAAAACGCUUGUAAGAUUAACAAUUCGGUAUUACACAUCCUCGUCAUUAUAUAGGUAAUAGCAAAAUUAUUUUACAAUAUCCUAAUUAACAAUACAUCAAUAAUAUCAUAGAAAAGAAAUCAUAAAAAAUACAAUCUGAGUCCAUAAAUACAUUAAUAUU